AUGGGUUCCAUUACCGUGAGCCCUGUCGCUCCCGAUCUUGGGCUGGCAGAUAUUAUAGACAUUGAGAUCGACCAGCCCAUUCCAUCGGAGGCCCUUACUCGCAUUCUCAGCAAGCCACCGUUCCGGAUUGUUGAAGGCGGGUUCAAUCUCCGCGAUUUAGGUCAUAUCGGCCACCCCGGAAUUCAGCCCGGCUUGGUCUAUCGCUCUGGACUCCUCAGCAAUCUCACAGAAAUUGGGAAGUCCCAGCUAGUAUCAGAAUUGUCGCUGGGUGCUAUUUUGGACCUUCGAAGUCACAGGGAAAGAUUGCUCUUUCCCCCUCCGCAAUUACAUGAGCGGGUCAAGCUCUUCUGGCAGCCACAAACAGGGACACCCACGCCGAUCAUCCUGAGCGACUUUGCCGCCAACGAUGGCAACGAUGCGUAUAGGGACAUGUAUUUGGAUAUCCUGGAGUCCCAUAUACCGAGCCUCAGGAGUUUGCUAACCUAUAUCCGGGACUCAUUGAACGGUGGAUCCGCAGGGGAAAAGAAGGCCAUACUUUUUCAUUGUCAUUCGGGUAAAGACCGGACCGGCGUUGCUUCGGCACUGCUGCUGAGCCUUGCAGGUGUUCCAGACGAACUUAUUGCGCGGGACUACGCGCUGACAAGAGUCGGCAUUGAGACAGAAAAAGAGUAUCUUCUGCGCUCAUUGCAACAGGCUUGGCCUGAGUGCGCUGUUGGAGCCCCGGGUUUCAAGGAGUUCACUGCUAUUAAGGCUUCGUACAUGAUGGCGUUUCUGGAGGCUGUCCAGGUGAAGUAUGGCGAAAUGGAGCAGUUUGUGAUAGAUGUGAUGGAUAUGAGCAAAGCCGAUGUUGAGGCUGUUCGGGCUAUACUGAGAGGGGAGUCUUGA